AUGAAACGCGGACGAGGGGGACGAGGGUGCUGGAAGGAACGCAACGAAUGUCGGAGUGUUUUAUCGCGUGGCCAGUGGUCAAGGCAUCCGUGCUGCACUUGUGGCAGAUGGCAAACAAAUAAAUGCAACUGGAUUACUGCCCUGUAUUCACCACUGUACUGCACUGUACGUGUCCCUCCGCGUCCAGUGUGGAAAAUCCUUAAAUGA